CUCCUGCGCCACUUUCCACCCCUUGCGUAUGAUUAACGUCAGUUGCGGGAAGAGUUUGAUUAGUAUGUUAGCGUGUAUUGUUUAUAAAGUGUAUUUUAGGGGGCAAAAAAUAUGUCAGACCUUGAAAUGUUGCAGUUGAAACAGUCCAUCCACAAAGAACUGAUAGAAAUAAACGUAAUUCUGGAAAAACUUUCACUGGAACUAACUGAAGUUACGAGACUUUCACAACAUAAUGGUAGGCUUGGAAUAGCUGUGAAGAAGGCAAAGGAAUCAUUUGCUGCUCUGAAUAUCCAGGUUGAGAAUUCAGGAGAAAAAGGAGAGAGAGGAGGCAGCAUUCUCCAGGCUUCUCCACUGCCUUCUGUCAGACGUCUGCUUAAUUUCGGUCUUGCAGUUUUUAAACUGUAUACUGAGUUCUCAUGCAUCUUCAGUCCUGAUACAUUUGUUAAAGGUUAGAAGAGUUGAUAUCCUCAACAGAGCCAGAAGCGACUCAUGUUGUGAGAGGAAUGCAUUAGACAGAACACACAAACCACUAUUAUAGCUAGUAAGAACUACUGAAGAAACUUAAAGACAAACAAUUUGUGCAGUAUGUGUGAAUCUCUAUUGUAGUAAGUUCCCUUAUAUCUCUUUUGAAUGAUACCUUAAGUUCUCUCUAUAUUCCUAUAUGUU